AGCCCUGGCGUUUUUGGUGUUUUUCGUCGUGCGCGAAGCAGCUGGUGUCGCGAUGGCAUGGUGCGCAUCCUGAAACUUGGCCUUGCAGGCGUGUGCAUCCGCCUCGCCGCCUCCAAUGCAUGCCCCAGCACCCAGCAGGUCUUGGCCAACUUCACAGCCGACGGCGCAGCCCUCGAGCGGCCCUACCUGAGCGACAACUUGUCGGUGGACGUCUACGUCCAGCACUACGUUGCCGCCAUCGUAGCAGUGGACCAAAAGAACCAGCAGCUGCAGAUCGAGGGGUAUUUUCGAGCUUCCUGGACGGAUCCACGAUUUGCUCGGUCAGGCCCAUGCGCUGAGCCCAUCACGCUGAUGCUGCCGACCACCUGGCCCAUCUGGCAGCCGGACCUCUACUAUGACAACUCCUUGGAGGAGUGGUAUGGCGCUGGUUCCUUGACCAUUCACCCGGACGGCGCCAUGUACAGAUCCCGCAGAUACAACCACGCGCUGAGCUGCCCCAUGCAGUUCGCGAAGCUGCCGCUGGACACGCAGCGCUGCUUUCUGAAGAUGGGAUCCUACUCCUGGGACCUGGACAAUGUGCACACGAAGCCCUUCACCAACGGGGCAGUGAAGCUUCCAGAGGGGUAUGAGGGCACUUCGGAGUGGGCGCUGAAAUCCGCAUCUGAUGAGAAGGUUACGGAGUGGUUUGGCGCCGGGGCGAAUCGCAAAGGCUAUAGCUACGUCUGGGUGUAUCUGGAGCUGUCUCGCACACCGAGCUCCUUCAUGAUCUUCGUUUUCUGCACUUCAGUUCUGUUCGCCGCUGUGUCCUGGGCUGGCUUGUUCAUCAACCGGGCAGUUGCACCUGCGCGGGUGACCAUUGCGGUGAUCCCUGUGCUCAUCAUGCUGAACCUCAGCAACACUGUGAAUUCCCAGCUGCCGCCGCUCGCCUAUCUCACCUGGCUUACCAGCUUUUUGGCAGCCAUGAAUUGGUUUACUAUGCUGGUGGUCUUCGAGUAUGGCCUCGUGUCAUGCCUCAUGCAGAUGGAAGUGAAUCGGGACCGGCAGUUCGAGGCCUUCAAGCACAUUGCCUCCAGAACAAAGGGCCCGGCGGCCCCGGUGGCCCCAGGCCCACGAGCCAAGGCCGAGUCCUUCUCGGAUGAUCGAGGUUGGGAGGAUCAGGCGCAUCAGAUCGUCGCAGCCGAAAGCCCGCAUCAGCUUUCGCCGGAGAUGCUGCAGGUCUUCCACGUCUUCAGCAAGGAAGUCAAGCCAUUGGAUCGGCGUCGGGUCCAGUUAGGCUUCCGCCAGCUGGGCCAGUACUGGUCCAAAGACCAGAUCGAAGAGCUCUUCAUUCUCCUCGAUGUCGAAGGGCCGGAGAUGCAGCCGGCGCACUUUGAGAAGAUGAUGAGCGACAUUGCCAAGUACCUGCCUGGCAAGGCCAUGCGCGUGGCCUUCUGGGAGAAUCCGCCCUCCGUGCAGCUGGACCUCGCCUUCCGCUGGUUCUACAUCUGUGGCAUUCUGCUGACCAUCCUCGCAUGGCUGGCAACGCUGGGCGCAUGAGAAGCGCGAGCAGCGUCAGCGUGUUUGCAGUGAUGCUUCGCUGCUGGGGUAGCCAAUCACUUAGUGGCUUUAUCGCUGCCCUCAAGGGGAGACAGGGU